ACUGACUCCGCCACUCUCCACAGCACAGGCAGUCGUGUUGCCGCGGACUGACUAGACAACCCCAGCGACAGAGGAGGUGUAGGCUAUGCGUGUCCCUCUGUCUGCUCUUCAUACAUACCGGCGGAAAUUACUAUCUGUUGAAAAGUGAAUGGGUGACUAUAGGGUUCCAGCGCUUUCCAUGGUAGCCUCUAUAGCAGUGACGCGCGCGGUCUGGGAUAAGAAUGACUUCAACAUCGGAAGGGAGACGAAAUAGCCUACAUACCUUGUUGGAUUAACAACAUAAUAGACUAAACUUGCAACAGGACAGUCGGGCAGGAGACUGAAAACUUUCCAGGCUGACUGGCUGUCUGUCAUGAAGAACCGAGCCAAUGAGGUGUUGGAGCCGGAUGAGCCUCUGUGCUGRUGUGAGUUUGUGGACCGUCAGGGGGAGCGGAGCCAUGUGGCAGCCUGCUGCUGUGACUGUGAGGACCUGGACGAUGCCUGUGACAGAUGGCUGAAGAAAGAGCCCCAGAAGGCAGAUUCACUGUCCCGUCUGGUUACCAUGGUGAGCGACCGCCUCCGUGUUCCCUGGUUCUGGGGCGGAGCUCGUCGUGUUGAUCUAUCGGUGCUGCCCCCGCUGCUCCUACUUCCUGUCCUCCUACACAUCGCAGCCCUUCACUUCCUGUUGGGCAUGGUGGUUCUGACCGCUCUACCGGUCCUGGUUCUAUGGUACUACUACGUCACCCACCGUAAGAAGGGCCGGACUCUGUUCUUCCUCAGCCUGGCCCUGUUCUCCCUGGGCUACAUGUACUACCUCUUCCUCACCGAGGUCUUCCCCAGGGGGGGCGUAGGGCUGACCCAGCUGGGUACAGUGACCCUGGGGGUGGCCCUCACUCUGGCCUCACUCAUCCACACCAAGAGAGAGCCCGGCUACGUACGGCCUCACACGGCCGACGUCCACAGCACGGUGACCUAUCACAGCUCACCUCCGGACAGAGACCCUGCCCACACUGGCCUCAACGGGGUCGGGCAGGAAGUGGUGCUAGCCAAUCGGGGGAGUGGGUUGGAGCAGCAGGGCCAAGGGGUGGAGCAGAGGGAGAGUGGGCGGAGCAGGAAGUGGUGCUCUCUGUGCAGGGUGGUGCGGCCCCCCAGGGCGGGACACUGCAGGAUCUGUGGUGUCUGUGUCCUGAGGCUGGACCACCACUGUGUCUGUACUGUGUCUGUCUGUCUGUGUGUCGUGUCCGUCAUGUCGCCACUGUGGCAGGAUAAACAGUUGUGUGGGCCAGGCCAAUCACCGCAGCUUCCUGUCGACACUCCUCCUCUUCCUGUUGACCUCUCUGUAUGGGAUCAGUCUGGUGCUGCGCAGCGUGUGUCCCCAACAGAACCUGCUCAGCGCCCUGCUCUACUGCCCAGGUGUCUACAAUCAGUACAGCUCGGCACUGUGUUUCACCUGUGCGUGGUACAGCAGCAUAGUGACCGGUGGCCUGCUGCACCUGCUGGUCCUGCAGCUCAUCAACGUCAGCUACAACGUGACGGAGCGAGAGGUGCGCACCGCCCUCCGAGACAAGACCGCCCGCAGCCGCUACUGGGGCCUCGUCGUCGACACGGGAGUCUACUCACAUGGUUUCCGUGGCAACUGGGCAGAGUUCCUGACAAUGGGAGAAGGCCUGCACACACCCUCACCCAGUCUCACUGACUUGGUGUAGCUGAGCUGCUCAUCAUCGUCAUUACACCUUUAGAAGUGACUGAUCAAUUGGACGAUCCAGGUAGAAGUUGCCCACAGAAACAGAUCUAGGAUAAUUUUACCCUCAUACCACAGGAGGCUGCUAAGGGGAGGACGGCUCUUAAUAAUGGCUGUAACGGCGCAAAUGGAAUGGCAUCAAAC